AUGUUCUCCAAGACCAUCAUCGCUACCCUCCUUGCCAGCACUGCUGCCGCAUCCCCAAUCGUCUCGGCCCGUGCCGCAGGUGAUAAAUUCGGAUUGAUUUCCAUCCGGUCCGGCACCGAUCUCCAAAACCAAGCUAUCGUCGCCUAUCAAGGCGGUCUCUGGAUCGGAAAGGAUACUUCCUCAUACUGCCCAUUGGCUGAGGGUUGCCCUGCCGGUACCGACACCACCUUCGCCGCUGGUGAUAACACUCUCUCCAUGAACGUCGAAGUUCCAGGCGGUCAACAAGUCUACGUUGCCACCAGCGCCGCUGUUUCUUUCACCCCUCCUCACUCCGGUGAUACUCAAGGAGGCGUCGUCACCGGAUGGACCUACACCGCCGGUCAGGAUGGCGCUUUGGGACAGAUGUCUCUCCCAGGCUACGGAUUCAUUGCUUGUGCUAGCACUGAUGGACCUGGUAUCUACCAAGUUUACGCCACUCUUGGAGGAUCUGGUACCGGUAACUGCUCUGGUAUUGCCGUGGCUACUGUCCCAUACACUGGUGCUGUUUCCGCUUGGGAGUACCUUUAA